GCGGAAGUACACUGUUGGCGUCAAGAAACCAGUUGGAGGAAAAAGAUUUUCCUCCUGCUGGUAAAACUGCUCCACUCUGAGUCUAACAAAGACCGAACAAGCUACGAAUUUGUCGCCGAUGGACCGUUGGAAAACUGUAUAAUUUGUAGGAGGCGCGGCUGCCCAUUCGGCGGGCCGGUCCGGAACCAGAACCAGGCCCCGGACAUAAGCGGCUCUGCUAUAGCGGAGGGCUGAUGUGUGGGUGAGCAAAGUGGCAUGCCGUGGUUAGAGGAGGUUAAAUGUGGAUCACCGUGACUCGCUGUCUGUAGGUAGGCGGCGGGUUCUCCAGGAAGUCCAGGCCGACCUGCGGUGCGUCGGAUCGGCUGUGAAGCUCCGGGAUGGCUCAGCUGGAAGUCAGCCAGACAGGAGCUAGCUUCACCGUGAGCUAACAUCGGAGUUAACCGACAUCAACUUUGAGUCGCGCGCAGGCCCAGAGAAAGAGAGACAGAAAAAAACACAAAAUAUGACUAUCGGAGCGGGGUUUCUGUAAGUUACGGGGUUUGUUUUUAUUCCGCUUUACUUGUCCGCGUUUCCUUCAGGCCUGCUCGGUGUUUAUGGAGCGAGUAUAGCUGCGCCGUUAGCCAGCCUCCACCGCCCCAAUGAAAGAAUACAAAGUUGUCGUGCUGGGCAGCGGCGGCGUCGGGAAGUCCGCGCUCACCGUGCAGUUUGUCACCGGCACCUUCAUCGAGAAGUACGACCCGACCAUCGAGGACUUCUACCGGAAGGAGAUCGAGGUGGACUCGUCGCCCUCCGUGCUGGAGAUCUUGGACACGGCGGGGACGGAGCAGUUCGCCUCCAUGAGAGACCUGUACAUUAAAAACGGCCAGGGUUUCAUCCUGGUCUACAGCCUGGUCAACCAGCAGUCCUUUCAGGAUAUCAGACCGAUGCGAGACCAAAUAGUGCGAGUGAAGCGCUUCGAGAAGGUGCCGUUGAUCCUGGUCGGCAACAAGGUGGACCUGGAGUCGGAGCGCGAGGUCGCCGGCUCAGACGGGCGAGCCCUGGCUCAGGAGUGGGGCUGCCCUUUCAUCGAGACAUCCGCCAAGAGCAAGACGAUGGUGGACGAGCUUUUCGCAGAGAUCGUCCGACAGAUGAACUACUCCACGCUGCCGGAGAAGCAGGAGCAGUGCUGCACAGCCUGCGUGGUGCAGUGAGGAAGAGGUAGGGGGGAGGAGGCGUCCAGUACAACACAGUUGGCUCCUCACUGAUUUCUUUUUUUUUUCUUUUUUGACAGAAAGUGUUAAAAUGUUCCUGCAGUGCCUGUGUAAAGCACUUCACGGGCUGAGGGGAAAAAAUGACACGCAGCUUGCACAAAUGUAGUGUGAGAGCAUGGAGAGGCUUGGUUGGAAGCAGAGAGAGAGGGGAGUGGGUGGUGCUGCAGACCGUUGGUUGGGCUUGUUAUGAUAAGACUGCUGAAUGUAUUUUGAAAUGAGGACACAGCUUAUUUGAGCAGGGAGGAAAAGAGCAGAGAGCAAUGAAGGAGAAGGCAGCAAGAGGAAAGCAUCACAUCCUGAGAGUUCAAAACAGGAAGUUCAUUGUAGUUUCUAUUUCCAGCUGCCCCACAAGCCCCUCUUUAAACCUGUUGCAUCUGCUGCUAUCAUUUAAUUUAUUCUGCUUUUAUUUAUUUUAACCAGAAAUCAUCUUUUUCGAUCCCUGCAGGCGUUUUGAAGCCCCCGAGGAUAACCUGACGUUGUGAAAAAGAAACUUACCGCAUCAGGUAACCGCUCUGUCCCAGAGACGGGAGAGACCUAUUUUUGAUAAGUGUUGGACGAUGCUUCUGCUGCAACCUCUACGGCCUUCUCAACGAACCUGAAAGCAGUCAUACGAACUGGCUCGGCAGAGCAGCCCUCUGUGAAUUCCUGUCUUAUUAUUUUUAAUAUUUUACUUUUGUCCUUAUAGAUGGAGGUUUUCCUUACAUACUAAGCAGAAGUGUUUUGUGAGGUUGCAGCAUCUUUUUAAGGCUGCUUUAAUCACUAUUAUAUUCUUUAAUAUUACUUGUGUCAUGUCUAAAAUUUGGGAUUUGAUAAAGUAUUUCAUUAUAAUGGAACAUUUAGAUUUUCUUUCUUUUUUUAAGCAUGCAUACUUAAACCAGUGUGCUGCUCGGGCGUGCGGAUCAUCGUCUUUUAAAACUUUCAGCCUGAGUGUUUUUUCUAAACCUCAUCAAGGUAUGUCUUUGUAGUCUUAUAGACCUUUUUGAAAAUGGACACACUGGUAAUAUUUACUUUAGGGACAGUUCAGUAUCGUCAUCUCUGUGACCUGAAGUAACUAAAAAAAACAGCCCUGCUCCAAAGUGAACAUGUCUCAAUGAGCCAUUAUGUUUCUGCUUCUAGCCCGAAGUCUCUAAAAGACGCAGGUCUUCCGUUUCUACUUUAUUUUUUCGUUUUAAACCUCCUUUCAGGUUUUCGGAACGACCAAAGUCUGCCAACACUCCCGAGACGAGAAACGCGCGUCGCUUUAAAUUCCUGACAUGUAAAUCCCCGCCGCCGUGUGGUCCGGUGAAAGUUCUGGCACAGCUCAUCUACUUUUAACUUUUGUACUUUUCUUUUUAUUACAGUAACAUAUUUAUUAAAACAUGACAUGGGUAGCCAAUUCUAAGCUUCAUUUUAUACUAGACUCUGCUUUUAUUGUGAGUUUUCAGGAUAUUUUUUUCUUGUUAUUUUUAAGCAGAGAAUUUAACAGAGCCUUAAAUUCCCCCCCAGCUGUCAUUGUUUUUUGUUUCUUUUUUUCUCAAAGAUAAACUGUAACUAUUUGAAAAUAAACAUGCUGGAACUUAAGAUUUUGUGGACACAGAUAAAGUAUUAUCUUUAAAUGAGACACAA